AUGGCAUGUGCUUGUGCCGAGGCUAGUUCGGUUAUACCUUUCUACAAAUUUAUCCCGCAGGUUAUAAUAACAGUUUCGUUACCCAAGCAUACCAGUAUCCUGAAUUGCAAUGUGAUUGCAGUGGCUGGGAUGACGGUAGUGGUCGUAGCUCUUAAGAACACGACCGACAUGCUAUGGCGAGAUGAGGGACAUGUGUAG